AAGGCGAGAAAUGGAAAAGGAUCCUGCUAACAGACACCUCCCACGCGCAUAGGACGUUUCUACGUUUCGACGCAUGCGCUUUAGGAUUGAUGUCAAGGCACAGAGUGGCGCUAUAUCGUUUCCAGCUCGACUCGGCAGGUGCCUAAGAGAUGGAUGAAGGGCUGCCAGAGGCUUCCGAGCCUAGCCUGGCAGGUGAAGAGAGGAACCCUGUUCCAGAGGAGAGUUGCCCUAUGGAAACUGUUCCCUCAGGAGAAAAGACCACAGCCACAGAGUCCCAGGGAGGCACUGUUACAGAGGCAGAUACAGCCAGGGUAGGCGACGACGAUGAUGUGGUGCUGGUGGAGACCACGCCUCCUGCAAAGGAGUCUGGCACUGCUCCUCUGCCUGCCAUUAGAAUGAACUCUCCUGCAGACAGCCCUACCCCGAAGCCUACAGGCAUUGCGGAGGAAGUAACCACAGCCACAGCCCCUGUUCUGAACCCAUCGGCUGAGGAUCGGAGUGAGACAAUCGUGAUAGAUGACGAGGAAGAUGCCCUCUCAGCACCAGCAGUACCCCAACGGGCUCUCAGCAGCACAGAGCCAGACUCGGAGAUCAGGAUUGCCAGCGUCACAACGCUGGGUACUCCAGCCACACAGACCCCUCCUUCUGUUGCUCUGGCAACAGUAGCCCCUGGGGCAGGGUCGCCUGCCAGGCAGCAGGACAUGAACUUGAUGAUCACAAGUGUAACUUCAUUGCAGGAUACCACUCCACCAGCAGGGGGUGCUGCAGAGGUGGAAAAUGGGCUACAAAUUAGCAGUACCUUCAGUUUGAACCCAGAGGCUCAGGACCCCAACGGUGAACCCCCUGUCAGUGGCCGACCGAGCACCAACACUGGGUCCUCCGGCACAUUCAACCCUGGCCGGGUCAGCACCGCCCGCGAGCCCGUGCAAAAUGGGGAAACAGGGACUCACCAGAAAUCUGAUUCCUGGAUCUCCCAGUCAGCAUCCUUCCCACGGAACCAGAAGCAGCCAGGAGCGGACUCCCCAUCCCCGGCAGCACCGCUGCCCAAGCCACCAGCACGCUCCCCUCUGGGGCCCCAGCCUCCCCCCAGAGCUGUCAAGGUCACAUGCGCUAACUGCAAGAAGCCGCUGAAGAAAGGACAGACAGCCUACCAGCGCAAGGGCUCUGCCCAUCUCUUCUGCUCCACCACCUGCCUCUCCGCCUUCUCCCACAGACCCGCCCCCAAGAAGAACUGCACGAUGUGCAAGAAGGAUAUUACCAGUAUGAAAGGGACCAUCGUGGCCCAGGUGGACUCCAGUGAGUCCUUUCAAGAAUUCUGCAGCACUGGCUGCCUAGCUUCAUAUGAGAACAAACAGAACCCCCCCAAGACACCUGUCAAAACAAAGUGCACCGUGUGUGGGAAGCUGACGGAGAUUCGCCAUGAGGUCAGCUUUAAGAAUGUCACCCACAAGAUUUGUAGUGACAUGUGCUUCAACCGCUACCGCAUGGCCAAUGGCCUGAUCAUGAACUGUUGUGAGCAAUGUGGAGAUUACCUGCCUAGUCGGGCGUCUGCCAAUCAUUUCCUGGUUAUCGAUGGGCAGCAGAAGCGAUUCUGCUGCCAGAACUGUGUCAGGGACUACAAACAGGCACAUGGAAAGCUUACCAACUGCAGUGGCUGCAAGGCCCCCUGUAGGUCAUUUGAUGUCACACAUUGCAUUGGGCCUAGUGGAACUAUGGAGCCCUACUGUUCCACUACCUGUAUGACUGCACACAAGAGCAAAGCUCCUGUCACAAUCAGUGCUGAGCCUAGCUGUCAUUUCUGUAAGAGAAAUGCAUUACCCCAGUACCAAGCCACGCUACCAGAUGGCAAGGUCUACAGCUUCUGCAGCUCAAACUGUGUGACCAAAUUUCAGAAUGCCAACGUGGCGACCCCCGCCAACGGGCAGCCGGCACGGCCCUCCGCCCCUGGGGGCAUCCAGCUUAAGUGUAAUUACUGCCGCGGUGCAUUCAGCUUGAAGCCUGAGACACUGGAAUGGGAGAAUAAAGUAUACCAGUUCUGCAGUAAGACCUGCUGUGAGGACUACAAGAAGCUGCACUGCAUUGUGACGUUCUGCGAGUACUGUCAAGAGGAGAAGACUCUCCAUGAGACCGUCAAGUUCUCAGGAGUGAAAAGACCUUUCUGCAGUGAGGGCUGCAAGCUGCUGUUCAAGCAGGACUUUGCCCGUCGUCUGGGCCUCAAGUGUGUCACUUGCAACUACUGCUCACAGAUGUGCAAGAGGGGUAUAAUUAAGCAGGUGGACAACCUGCAGCGGGACUUCUGCAGUGAGGCCUGCGCCAAGAAGUUCCAUGACUGGUACUACAAGGCGGCUCGCUGCGACUGCUGCAAGGUGCAGGGCAGUCUUACGGAAUCAGUACAGUGGCGUGGGGAGGUGAAGCACUUUUGUGACCAGCAGUGUCUUCUGCGCUUUUACUGCCAGCAGAAUGAACCCAACAUGGCCACACAGAAGGGCCCUGAGAACAUGUUCGGAUAUGGAGCCCUGUCACAAGGAACCAAAAACGUGCCGUAUAACCAGGCACCGCUGUCGACAUUUGGAGGCGCUGGCUUGUUGAAAGAUGCAAAGAACAAGGCUGUUUUGUGCAAACCGCUUACCAUGACAAAGGCCACGUACUGCAAACCUCACAUGCAGAGCAAGCAUUGUCAGACAGAAGAGACCGACUCAGAGAUGGUGAAAAAGGAGUAUGUCCCUGUUCCUAUACCUGUUCCCGUCUAUGUUCCUGUGCCCAUGAACAUGUACGCUCAGACCACGCCCGUCCCUGUGACAGUGCCCGUUCCGGUCCCUGUACCAGUUUUCCUGCCUACCACGCUGCAUGGCGCAGAAAAGAUUGUGAAGACCAUUAGCGAGCUGAGGGCCAAAGUCCCCUCCAACACUGUAGAAGUCGACCUGUUAACCAUGACGGACGCGAUGGCGGAAGCUGACGAGGAGAAGCCUGACUGCAAAGACCUUAAGUGUGAGAGCGUGAAGAUGGAGUGCGUAAAGGAGGAGCAGGUGAAGGCAGAGACGGACGGCAGCAGCAGCUCCGACGAGGAGGAGAACGACGACUCGUAUGACCCCGAGCUGGACCUAGAGAUCGAUGUUCCGCAAGUGCCAGGCCUGGACCCAGCUACAGAGUUUCUGGAGGCUGAAAUUGGGUUCACGUUACCCCCUGUUUUAGGAGAGGAGAAGGAGGAUAAGCCUCGACCGGCAGUCAGAAGAAAGGGACACAAGAGACGGGCAGUGGAGGCAGGGGGUGUUUCCCCGCCCCCAUCGCCCAAUGGCUCCGCAGAGGGUGCCCCAUGCCCUUUAAAGCCCCAGUAUGGCGUGAAUGCCUGGAAAAGAUGGGUGCUGACCUCCGCUGGUCAGGCCCAAGAUACGACAAAGGAACAGCUGAAACUAGCAAAGCCGGUGAGGUUGAAGCGGAACUUGCUGUCCCUAGGUGCCGCUGAGCUGAGCCAUGCCCUCUCUCGCUUCGUCAGCGAGGUGCGCCGGCCCAAUGGCGACAGCUACGCCCCCGACAGCAUCUUCUAUCUCUGCCUGGGCAUCCAGCAGCAUCUCCAUGACAACGGGAGAAUGGAUGACAUCUUCAGUGACCCUUGCUACCAGCAGUUUGGUCAAGAACUUAACAAGGUCCUCAAUGGCUGGCAGCCCAGUGUGCUUCCUGAUGGCUCUCUCUGGAGCAGGGUAGAGGAACAGUGUCUAUGGCACAGCAAACAGCUGGGUUCUCACUCCCCUGCCGCUCUCCUCCGCUCACUGGUCUACCUCAACACCAAGUACUUCGGCUUGAGGACCGUCGAGCAGCACCUCCGUCUUUCCUUCGCCAAUGUGUACCGCGAGCGCCGGGCCGGCCCUCAGGGCAGAGAGACCCGUGUCUGCAUCUGCAUCCCCUCCAUCUCGCUGGACCACCAGGAGAAGACAGGCUCAGGGAAGAGGAAACGCAGAGACGAAGAGAGUGACCCAGACGAGGGCCCGGGGGGCUCGUCGCGCUGUCCGGUCAAGAAGCACGAGUGCCGCUUGUACGAGCUCUACCUCUCCAAGUGCCCAGCAUCCCUGAAGCAGAGGACAGAUAUGUUCUAUGUGAAGCCCGACGCGUUCAGCAGCAGUGAUAGCCCUCUCUGGUACAGCACCGUCCCUCUAGAGAGAAGUAGCCUGGAGGGUCUGCUUGCACGUGCCCUCCUGACCAGGGACAUCUACAGUGAGAGGGGGCAGUCUGAUGAGGAAGAAGAGGAGGAUGAUGAUGGUGGUGACCAAUAGUCAUGUCCUGCCCCCCCCCCCCUUGCCCCCAAACCUCCACCCAGGAGCACAUUAACAGCAGUGGAGCAGGGCUGUUAUUCAGAGGACCCUACCAUUUUCUCAUCUGUUACUGAUUUCUGAUCAGUUGAGGCUAAUAACUGAAUAGGCGAAAACCCAGGCACGACGUAAAAGGAGCAGAACAGGGCUUUUGUUUUUUUGGGUUCCCCCCCCCCCCCCCCC